UCAACCUUUCCCUCACUUCGCUACUUCCACUUGUACUCACGUCUAUUCGUCCGCCAACCCAUUCAUUUCUUCAUUAAUCUUUCUUUCAUUCUCCAUCUUACAACAACAUUUCAUCAUUCCUUUAUUCCCUUACCUUACAGGCCACUAACGCUGCUUCUUUCAUCGACACUACCUCGUUUAUUACCACCACUGUUGCUCUCUUGCUUAGAGUAACGACCCCUCCUCCAUCCUGCUGCACCUAACUUUAUGGCAGAAGCGUCCACAGCUACCAUCGCAACACCGUUGUCCCGAAGAUUAGUCUAAAGGAAUGGAAUAUUAAUUAAAUAACAACCUGCAGCUUUAUACUUCUAGGACCUUUAAUUCAAUUUUUUAAUUUGUUUGAUUUUAACAGCAUGUAAACAAACGUUCAUAUGUGAACUGGUACGCGUUUGCGCAUCCGCACAAAUACUCAUGUAAUAAUAGACAAAUUGAUAGAGAGAUAGGCGGAUGGUUAACAAUAUAGGUGAAGAUGCUUAAAGAUCGCAUAUGAAUAAUGUCUCACUUUAUAUUGUCUAAGUAAAAUGUAUUCUCUCGUGCAUAUGCAGCUGUGGAGAACGCGAGGGCAAAAUGUAAGGAGAUAGAAUACGCCAGAUUUAUUUAUAUUUAUAAACAGUCGUGCACUGCUUAAAAAAAUCAGCAACACAUCUAUCACAAGAAUGGAUCCCUCCUGCCAUCUGUCACAAACUCAGUACUGUGGUUUCUAUCCUGUCAACUCUUAUUCACUCAUCAAAACGUCCUCUUUUAGCUCACCUAAGGAUAAUGUGCACCAAAUAAAGGUGUGUUGCUGUGGUCAGAAUGUCAAAAGAAGUCCUUUGGAAUAUAUCAACAGUCUUUGCCAGCAGCUGUCAUUUUUGUUGAAUACCCCUUAACAUCUCUGUGAUGUGCUCUGCUCAAUAUGAGUGACAACUAUGAUUGCAUGGAAGUAUCCAUGUCUGCAUCAUCUAAUACCACUUUGGAGUACUGUGAUGAUCUCUAUGAUGAGGCCGGGACCAACUCAGCUGUACUGUAUGCCAUGUCGGCUGCUGACAGCACAGCACAGAAUCAGGAGACUUGCAAAAAGAAGAAUCCUCAGAAAAGAUCCUUGUCAAAAGGAAUGAAACUGUUAUCUCCCUCUAGCCUUGAUACCUCAACCAGUGGAUACUCCAUUAGUAGCAAUGUACCAUUUCUUAAAGGUCGGACUGAGAAAGAUGAAUAUGUACGUUGUGCUGUGAAUGCAGCCAAUAUUGGUGAAGAUGAUGAGAGAGAAUGUGGUUUGGGAGGAUUUCGGCCCGAAUGCCUCAAUGUUUGUGCAAAUAUUAGAUCUUUUGUUUUCUUUAUGUGCCUAUUGUUAGUUGUUACUGGCUCUUUAUCGACAGGUUAUUUGAACAGUGUUAUAACAACUAUUGAGAAACGAUUUGAAAUUGGAAGUUCAAUUUCAGGACUAAUUGCUGCUUCUUAUGAAUUCGGGUCUCUUGUGGCAGUGAUUUUUGUCAGCUACCUUGGCAGUCGAAGACACAUUCCAAAAUGGAUUGGUGUUGGAGUUGUGUUCAUGGGAUUUGGAGCUAUUUUUUUCUCAAUGCCUCAUAUCAUAGCUGAAAAAUAUACUUUAAAAGACAAGAUCAUUAACAGUACCAAAGAAAACAUCUGCCGAUCAGUUGCAGGUGGAGCUGGUAACCGCUGUAUUGAUAAAAAUUCUGGGAACUGGAAAUAUGUCUUAAUAUUAAUAAUAUCGCAAGUGCUCAUUGGUACUGGAGGAACACCAAUACUUACUCUUGGAACUACAUAUGUUGAUGAUCACGUGACCAAAGAAAAAGCUCCAUUAUAUCUCGCUUUCAUCUAUGCGACUGCUGCAUUGGGUCCUGUUGUUGGUUAUGCCCUUGGAGCUCUACUCUUGCAGUUUUAUGUUGAUUUGUUUUCCUACAAUGUUUCUCUGACCCCUUCAGAUCCUCGUUGGAUUGGGGCCUGGUGGGGUGGCUUCAUCAUCUGUGGAGUAGUUCUAAUCCUUAUGUCCCUUCCAUUUUUUGCAUUCCCAAAAGUCCUCAGUAGAGAAAAGCGCAAAAUUUUGGAAAACAAAAGCAAAGAGCUUCUUCUUAAUGAGGAAGAUCAGGUAGCCAAUAAAGAAUAUGGCCGAACCAUAAAAGAUAUACCAAAAUCUAUUUGGCUCCUUCUAAAGAAUUCCAUUUACCUCAUCACUUGCCUUGGUAUAUGUUGUGAGUUCUCAAUUGUCAGUGGAUUUGUUACUUUCCUGCCAAAAUAUUUUGAAACCCAGUUUGGAAGUUCUACCUCAGUCGCUAAUCUAUUUACAGGUGGAAUUGGUAUUCCUGGUGCUGUUGUUGGAAUCCUUAUUGGAGGCUGUGUACUUCGUCGUUUUCAACUCUGUCCAAAAGGGGCCAUACAGAUGACUCUUAUUCUUGAUAUCCUUGCGCUGAGUGGAUAUAUCCUUUUCUUCUUCCUUGGAUGUGAUAAUUUAAAAAUAGCUGGUGCAACAUUUCCAUAUUUCAAUAGCACUGGUCACAAGAUAAUGGAGGCAAACUUGACAUCAGCUUGUAACUCUAACUGUGACUGUUCUCCAAAUCACCUCGAACCAAUCUGUGGAAUAAACGGUAUCACUUAUUUCUCACCCUGUCACGCUGGCUGUACCAAUUAUUACGUCAAUCAUAACAAUGCAUAUCAUUCCACAAACUACAGUGGCUGUUCCUGCAUACUAGACAACCACCUUGCCAGUUCUGAAGUUGUUGUGCUGCCUCUAGCCACAAGUGGUCCAUGUAAGACUACCUGCAAAAAUUUGCUACCAUUUCUAAUCUUGUUGGUUGUGAUGACAUUUUGUGUUGCUGGGACACAGAUGCCACUAUUGAUGGUUACUCUCAGGUCAGUUGCUGAAGAAGAAAGAGCUUUUGCUCUAGGAAUGCAGUUUGUUUUAUUCCGGCUCUUUGCCUAUAUUCCUGCCCCAAUACUUUUUGGUAACAUCAUAGACACAGCUUGUCUCUUGUGGAGAAACAAAUGUGGAAACAAUGGCUCUUGUCUUGUUUAUGACAUUGUACAGUUCCGAAACAAAUAUGUUGGUAUCUCUGCCGGACUGAAGGUUCUUGGAACUUUGCUGUUUUUUAUUGUCUGGUUAUUAAUACGCAAGAAGAUAGGUGAUGAUUCUAAGUUUACUAUGGCAGUUACUCAGUAUGUGGACCCAGUAUAUUCCAUCAACAAAUUAGCUAAACUGCCUGAAAUUCCAGCCACACAAACAGACCCUGAUUCCACAAACAAACCAAUGCUGACAGAGCCAACAUCGGUAAUGGAUCCUGAUGAGGGACAGAGUUUCUCUUCACAGACAUAUGAAUCUCAUGUAUGACACUUUGCAAAUCAGUCAGUCGAAAUGUUAUUGAUGACAUUUUAAGUUCUUCAAAAGUAUUUUCAUUUGUUAUAAAGUCGUAACUGAUCAAAAUACAUCCAUUUCCACCUAUCUAAAUAACAUAUCUCUAUACAUAAAAAAAAAAAAGUAUGUCCAUUCAAUGUUAACAUAUAUCUUUACGUGUAUAUAUAAUAUAUAUUGACGAAACAGUUUGGUUAUGAGGAAAACAAUUUUACUCAAUGGCAAGUUAUAUUGUAAUAGCAAAAGUCUGCAGCCCAAGCUAAUAGGCUUUUAUCUGUUUUAUUGUUAUUUUAGAAACAAAGGUCAACUUUGCCUUUCAUCCUAAACAGGGUCGAUAAAUAAAGUACCAGUCGAGCUCUGGGAUCCAAUAUAAUCAAGUAACUCUUCCUCCUCCCCUUAAAUUUGUGGCCUUGUGCCAACAUUGCUCUUUCUACUUCUAUUACAACAAACUCCAUCUAUGAAUGUGCUUGAGUUUCUGUGUAAUAUAAAAAUAGAUAACUUUAACGAUAGUAGCUAGAGGUUAUUCAAAUUACAGCCCUUCAUGAAAUCCAACAAGGUUUUGCACCAAAAACCUGUUGAGCCUUGUCUGGUUUAGUAAAUUUGGCCAUUUCAUGUAAUGUCUAAUUUGUUGUAGAUUUUAUGAAAGCUCUCAAUGCUGUUUUAAUAGUCAUGCAAGAAGGUAGUCAUUGUUAAUAUUUACACUUACAUAAUUACCCACCAACAAUGUAUGAAUAUCUGUUGUUAGCUACCAUUAUAUAUAGUACAAGCAUGGCCAUGUGGUUAAGCAAUUCACUUUGCAGUUGCAUGGUCCUAGGUUCAAUUGUUGCACAGCACCUUGGGCAAGUGUCUUUAUCUAUGCUGUCAGGUUGACCAAUACCUUGGUGAAAGGAAUUUGGUCAAUGGGAACUGUGGGGUAUCCUGUUGUACAAAUCAAGUCCAGUUAAUCCUAUGGGAUAGAUUGAAUGCUGAAAGAAGGUAAAAGCACUUUACUUUGUUAUGAAUAGAGACCAUACAUCAACAAUUGCUAUUGAUUCAUUAUUUAUGAACUGACAGAUGUUUUUUUUGUAUGAAAUUUUUCCAACAAAAUUAAAUGCCUCUAAAAUCUAGCUUAUUGAUUCCACCGUAGGUCCAUUUUUACAUUUGAUAUUUUAGAAUCAUUUUAAAUGUAACCCAAAUGAAAAUGAGAAAUCAAUUUGUACAACUAUUAACCUAGAUUUUUUAGCUUCAGCAUCAGUGGUUCUCAACUUUUUAAAUACCC